CGAGCGUGUGUGAGUGUGCGCCAGAUGAACUAACCGGUUCGAUGACAGUCCAAGGUUCCCGCUUCAAACUUUCCCUUCUCCACCGUGGCGGGGAAUGCGGAUUGCGGGAGGAUUCGUUGGUUUGCUAAAUUGUUUAACAACAGCCAUGAAAAGAAUGUGAUCUUUAAGCGAUGCGUGUUGGUGUGAGACGCGAAGAAUUUCUAUGCGUGUGUGCGGCUAGUACGGAAGUGCACAACCUACAGCACCACCAUUACACGUUCAGCAAAACUGCCCCGGCUACAACCCAGCACCAGGAAAGCAACAAUGCAACGUGGCCUACGCUUCGCAUCCGAUCCAAGAUCUCAGGCUCCAAUGCCCGUUUCGGGUAUGCCACACUUUGGGCACAGUCGCAUCUCAAAAAUAAACAAUCCGGUUUUGUUUUUCGGACCCAACGAGAACCGAUAGCAAACCGGAAUCGAUGUGGGGGCACCGAGCAAAAACCUGCUUUGCCGCGCGCAGUAAAUGAUCGACACAGGAAGAGCGAGAAGAGGAGCGCUGAUGCGCAGCUGUGUGUUAAAUCGUGUGUCACCGGUUCUGGGGUUGCGAAUUGCUAAGCGGAUGAUAACGAUCGCUUAUCGCCGGCACCGCUAUCAGGUCCUGGACACGUAACGCAAACCACCAGUAACGGUCACCACUACUACGUCGCAAAUGUUCGGGUUGCAGUCGGGCUAAGAAUGUGCUAAUGGGCACUGUUCUCGGUUGGCGCAGUAGUAGUGGACGCGAUUGUUGCGUGUGUGGUGGACCUACAUCGCUACCUCGCCGUAGCUUACGUGCUGGCGAGGAUGCUGGACGCGUUACACACGGGAAACGCACUUCGUGCGAAACAGGCAGAUAACGAACCGAGCGGAGGUACAAUGAGACGACGACGUUGGCACUCACGGUCGGUGCCGUUCUACUGCCGUUACGGUGCGGGUCAGUCGCCUCUUCUUUGCAUCGCUUUCCUGUUGCUGUACAUCCUGCUUGGUGCCGUGACUGGGAGUGCGGGUGAUUUUAAUUUCCCGUCCGAACCCGACGGACUAUACGAGGGUGACAAGUGUGGUCUGCCGGGGUCAGGGACAGGCAUCUGCCGGAAGGCGUCCAUUUGCCCGCAGGGCAUACGCGCCAACGGUGCCCGGUGCGAGUUCAGCGGUAACGAUCCGGUUGUCUGUUGCCCGGAUGCCGGUGCCGGUACUAGCAACCGCAUCACCACGCGGAUCGCCAAACAGGAGUGCGAACGGAUGCAGGGUGCAUCGUCGCAGCUUACCGACCAUGUGUCCGGCCGGCGGCUGGAGGCAACCCUUGGCGAGUUUCCGUUCAUGGCGCGGGUACUAUCUACCGACGAUCAGGGCGACGAUGUCAUGUGCGGUGCGUCACUGAUCGCGAAACGGUUCCUGCUGACGGCGGCACACUGCUUCGAACAUGCGUCGCCCGCCAAGGUGCAGUUGGCGAUCGUGAAUCUGAACGAAAAGGAAAAGGACGAGUACACGGUGCGGCAGUUGCACAUGCACGAGAAUUAUCGUAAACGGAUGAACGAUAUAGCGCUGCUAGAGCUAGAGGAGGACGUCGUUUAUCAACGGGACGUUGGGCCGGUCUGCCUCAAUACGGAUGUAGACAAUAUUGGAUCGACAGUCAAUCUCACUGUGAUGGGCUUUGGACUCGAUGGCAAUGGUCAGCGCACCAGUAAGUUGUGGAAGGCAACGGUAAAUGAGGUGUCGGUCAGCAAGUGCCAGCAGCUGUUCAGUGCGGCGUUUCUCAAAAUCAACAUCAACGAAAACCAUAUAUGUGCGCUAGGGGAAAAGGUGGAGGACGAGUACACGGACGCAUGUAAGGGCGAUUCCGGUGGACCGUUGGUAAUGCAAGUGGGGCCAAAGUUUUACCUCGUCGGUGUUGUAUCGACCGGGGCACCGUGUGGUGCGGCGGUACCCGGCGUCUACACACGCGUCUCCCGCUACCUGGACUGGAUCGAACAGCGCGUUUGGGGCAACCAGAGCUGAAUGUGGUGGCCAUAACCACACUGCGCUAGGCAAUACGAACACCAACCAUACACAUAGCGUAAUGCAAGAUAAGGCAGCGAACACGGAUAGUUUAGCGCGCAUCUACGAAUCGAUGAAUCGUAAAUGCUUACUCCUUUUUUUUUAAAAAAACGAAAAUCUAAGAUAGGCGUUGAGAGGAAUGCUAAGGUACGGACACGUUUCGUUAGCGUAGGGUUGCUUCUUUUUCACACUACCAAACACUCGAUUAUUUAGAGCGAACACAGGCCGAAGGUGUGUAUGAUCUUACUCCCUUCUUUCCUGAUAUUAUAUAUAUAUAUAAAUACAAAACAAUAUAGCCAUUAUUGUUCUGUAGCUUCGUUUAUCUAGCACGUGAUAAAAAAUAAUAAACUUUUUCAAGAUAACGCACACGUUUUUUUCGUUUUUGUAAAAAUCCUAAUUGCUGACAGUUGUUAUGAUUAUUUUGGUAAUAUGUUUCAUAAA